AUGGUCUAUGGGGGUAAGCCGAGCACCGGAUGUUACCUGUGUCGAAAGCGGAAGAUCAAGUGCGAUGAAGCCCGCCCCAGUUGUCGAAACUGUGCUGUCUACGGGCGCCCAUGUCCUGGCUACAGGCCCGAUGCAGUCUUCCGCAACGAGACCCGGAAGGUUGAGCGGCUAGCCAAGAAAGAUGCAAGCUCGAGCUCCAGCUCCAGUUCAAGCUCUAGUUCUUCUGCACCCACGAGUCAAGUACACACGCCAAAAUCUCAGACCUCGACUGUCUCGGAGAAGCAAGCACGCCCAUCUCAAGAGUCGGCAUUGACGCUGCACCGCGUCCAAGAUGCAACUUGGGAACAGCGCGCUCUGUGUUAUUUUUUUGAUCAAUACACCAUCCACGCUGAUAAUGAGGAUGGCAUGGGCCAUCUCGAGUAUUUACCCCCAUUGUAUGCGCACUGCGGCGAGGUCAGCCUGGGAGGCGAGAGCGCACCGUCUACCUGUCUGAGAUGGGCGGUAGAUGCAACGGCUCUGAUGACUCUGGCUAAUGCAACGAAUGCGCCGCCGCUGAUGAUCAAGGCGCGGCAGGGCUAUGGGAAGGCGAUUCGCAGUCUGCGGACGGCGCUGGCUUCGCCGGAUCAGGCGGUUAAGGAUGAGACUUUUGCGUCUGUGGUGCUUCUCUCCUUGUUUGAAGAUAUCACCGGCGAACGGAAUGGCUUGUUCAGUUCCCAUACGGCUGGAUUUGAGUUUCUCAUGAAGUUGCGAGGCGAGGAUCAGUUAGGUCAUCAGCGAGGGCGCGAUAUGUUCAGUUUUGCCUAUACGCAUACGUAUGUUGAGAUCCUCGCAUUAGGAGACAAACCUCGAUGCGAUUUUGCCUGGGUCAUGGGUAUGCUCAAUGAAAACGACCCCAUCGAGAGCCUCAUGCUCUCAGCAACCAAACUCAGCCAACUUUUUCUAUCCAUGCAAGCCGGCCCAAGCUCGCCAGACCAGGCCACCGUCGAAUCCUGGAUAACUACCGGUCAAGAAUGUGACUUUGCACUCUCCCAAUGGACCCUCCACCUCCCAGAUCGCUGGCUCCCAUUAGUCGUCUACUCCGCCGAAGGCGAACCCUCCUAA